AUGCCUUCUGAUCAAACCUAUUGUAGUAGUACAACAAAAGCAACCAGUUAUAUUUAUUCAAAAGUUAUGAAGCGAUCAAGUGUUCGAAAAUUAAGAUCUCAAACAUCUAAAGCAAAGACAGCAGCACAAAGGGACUCCUCACCUUUUGAUAAUAUUAGUGAACGUAGUAAUAGUAGCGGUAGAUAUCAACUAAGACAAUCCUCACUCUCUCCUUCCGGUUCUCAACCAACUGAUGUCAAUGCAAGUUUUAUCUCGGUAUCAAGUAUACCCAAUGAAGAUUUUAAUACAGUACAGACAGAAUCAAAUUUAGCCUCACAACAAUCAUCAUCAGAUAAUAACUCUGAUGAUAAUUAUUCAAAUUUAAUUAUCAAUCAUUCAGGAAGUUCGACAUAUAGCUUUUCUCGUUCGUCGUCAAUUCCAUUAUCUAGAGCAAAUUCUUUUAUUGGUACGGAAUCGGUAUACUCUGCCAAUAGUAGAUCGCGUGCAUCUUCACCAUUUGUAGAAACCUCAUCUGAUAUUAGAUCUGAAGUUACAUCAACAAAUAAUUCUAGAAGGUCAUCUGUUUUAUAUCAAUCUUUUACCUAUGAAGGAAAUUCUUCCGAUGACACUUGUUCCGCUGUUAUCAUGCCAUUAGAGACUUCAACUUUAGAAAAAAAUAUUAUACAAGAAGGAUUAGAGUCAACAUCCACCAAUAUUAUUGACAAUGAUAAUGAUAACAUCACACAACAAGCACCAACAGAAGGAGGGGAUAAUCUUAUUCGUCGAGCAUUUAAUAGGGUUAGAAAUACUUUUAUUUGGAGUAAACUUAUUGAAAUGAUCAUUUUAACAAAGGAAUGGGUUAAAAGUACGAUUACACGCGAUAAUUGGAGAUAUAUUGCGAUGGCAACAUUGAUCACAAUACUCUUCUAUUAUUUUGUUCCUUGUAACAUGGGAGACUUGAAGAAUCUAGAAUUUUCGGAAUGCAUGACAAAGAUUAAUAAUGUGAUUCAUCAAUAUAACGUGGAAUUGACGGAUUCAUCAACAGCGUUUGAUAGGGAUAGUGACGCAUUGAUUCGAGAUGUGGUUGCGGAUCAAGUCAAAACGGUGUGUGCAGCGGAAGUACAAAAAAGAAUUCCAACACAAAGUUAUGAUUUAGCAACUAGAGAAGAUCUUGUAGUUGAUAUUGUACGACAAGAAAUUAGAAAGGCAGUAGAAGAAAUGUUAUAUACUUAUUCACAGGAUAAAUUAAAUAAGGCAGAUUUCGCAUUAUCAACGGGAGGAGCGAAGAUAAUUAGUCAAUUAACAUCACCAACUUAUGAGCAAUGGCCAACUCAAUGGUAUAGACUGGCAAUAGCAAAAUUAACCGGUCAUGGAAUUACGAGGGGUAAACCACCGAUAACCGCGUUACAACCGGAAACUCAUGUUGGACAAUGUUGGCCAUUUGCAGGACAACAAGGACAAAUAGCUGUAUUGUUGAGUAGGAAGAUUUAUGUUACCGCAAUUACUUAUGAUCAUGUAAGUAAGACGGUGGCGAUGGGAACAACCAGCGCUCCGAAAGAAUUUGAAGUCUGGGCCUUUGUUGAUGAAGAUGACAAUGAGAAACCGGAUCAGCAAACAGGACAGGAAUUCGAUGAAAAUUUCGAUUAUUCAACUAGCAAUACGUUAAAGAAUAUUCCUAUUAACCAACAAACUUCAAAUAAUCUAGAUUCUUCAUCGUCUAAUCUUUUACAUCUAUCUGGCAAGGAUUUAAAACUUGGAUCAUCUCCAAAUCAUUUAUUUUUGGGACGUUUUAUUUAUGAUAUAAGUGGUUCGCCCAUUCAAACCUUUGAGGUGGUGAAUAAACCGAAUAAACCUACACCAAUUCGAGCCAUUAUUAUGAAGGUAAAUAGUAAUUGGGAUAAUCCAUUAUAUACAUGUUUAUAUCGAUUUCGUGUACAUGGUAUACGAGCUGAUGUAAAUUCCGGUACUGGAUGA